UGAUGCAAUCGGAAGGUUUUCGCCAAACAUUAUCUUGAUGGAAACACAUUGAAAUGAAUGGCGGCUAAACGGUAACAUUCGGCCAACCGUGUUUUGACGCUUCCUCAUUUUCUGCCACUGGACUCGCGAUGUGUGAAAACCACGUGUGAUAGUUAUUCUCAGAAAUAAAACAGAUCAAGAUUUCUUUCAAGACCAGCAUUUGAAAGGAAAAGAAAAAAAGCUGCCGGGAAAACUUCAUGGAGGCAAACAAAUAAACGGGACGGGAGGAGCGUGGGCGUCUACUGCGUCCAGAUGCCAAAGGCGCCGGCCACUGCUGCGGUGGCGCUAAUAACACGCUUGCGGUCUCGCAGCUUGAGUCAGGGGCGAGCUGCGAGCGCGGGCCGGGCCUCGCCGGGAAGGCCUUGCCGGAAGCGCUCGGGAAAUCCCUGGCUGGCUUGAUUCCGGGAAGACGUUCACCUUUUCCCGCAAUUGCACACAAGCCGGAUUCUUUAUGUUAUUCUCAAAGUGUGAUGUCAUUUACUAAAAAGCGGAAGCAUCUGUCAACAAAAUGGUUGACAUUGAGCCAUCAUCCAUCACUACUUUUGAAGCAGCGGGUUCUAUCCACGCUCGGAGCGGUUCUCUCAAGUCGUUUCUUUUUUGCCGAAUGAUGCGAACGGCAUUCUCUCCCUCUCUUCCUUCCUUCCCCUCGCUCUCCCUGGACGCCAGGUCGAGGAACAAUGCGUUCUUUCUUACCUGUACAUUCCAUUUGUAGGUCUCAAUCCCACCCCUGCCCUGCCCAGCCCAAAGAAGUCUUCUUCUGACUCCAGGUGUUCCCUCGUCAUACCUUUUGCUUCAGGAGAAUUUUGAAGGACACAGCUUGGCUUGUUUUUUUUUUUUGUCUUCUGUGGCGCACGCAUAUUUUGGCAGGCAUGGUCCAUGGCGGCAGCUUGUGGCUUUGUGGUUUGUCAUGUGGGCAAAGGGGAAAUUUGGAGGUUGGGGUGUAAGCGUGCUAUUAAGAAGCACUUUAGAGGAACGUCGCCUUUGAGCCAUCCCAUUUUUGCUGCUGUGUGUCGCUGAGCGCAUGCAGACACACACACACCCACAGUGCGCCUGGAGGAGCCCGGACGAUUUUUGUUCUCCAGGGCAGGAUGAUGCCCAUCAGCUGACCCACGUACGCAAUGUUGCUCAGGUAUGUCGCUUCCCUCUCGUCGUUUUUUGAUUCAACAAACUAAAUGUGGCUUGAUGGGGGAUGAUGAGUGAGACUUUUUACAUCAUCAUAUCAUGUUUAAAUUUAUUGAUGGAUGUUUUAGGUGCAUCAUUGCCAUGAUGCUGAAGUUUUUUUUUUUUUUUUUGGGACAGUAUUUCAACAUACAAGUAUUUCAACAUUGUAGCGACCUUGAGUGCCUUGAAAGGCGCCUUAUAAAUAAAAUGUAUUAUUAUUUUAUUAUUAUAACUUGCAGGCGCUUUCAGGAAACUAUUUUGCAAUGUGCCUUAUCUCCUAACAGGCCAUUGCGUCUCUUAAAAACAUUUUUGCUCAAUAUUUUAUCCACCGGUUACAAUUCUACAAAGCUUUCCCAAUUUCAUAAUGUCAAGCUAAAACAUCAACAAACUGUGUGUGAUGUGAUAGCAAUCGUAAUUAAGAAUGACAACGGCUCAAUUCAAAUCUAAUAUUAGCAAUUGAGCAAGUCGUUUCGACGCAGCCCUUGGUUGCUCGUCCAUUUUGAAACCUUUGGACGAAGCGACAGUGUUUGCAAAAGAAGCGUGCCGACCGACAUUUAGCAUCGGUGGUUACGAGACUGUUCCGAAAAACGUUUACAGUCUUCCAGCAGACCUCGGCCGCUGUCGCCGAAUAUGCUGUUUCCCUACAGAUUGUCUUAUCACUGGUUGGCACAGCUGAUGGGCGGAGUCAACUGUUUGGGAACGUUCAUGUGUUCCAGAAAGCCUUCACAGAAAUUAAACUGCUAGAAAUGACCUCAAGGAGGAGAAAGAAGCGGACAAGACACGCUGACAUGUGCGCAUGUGUCUUUUUAGCAUAUCUCUGUCCUGAUAGUAAAGACUUGGUGAUAAUUGGAGACGUAAUGAUAAGUGAAUCCUUACAAGGUUGAACUUCUGCAACAAGAGCGUGGCCUAAAUGUGUUCAACAGCAAACUACGUGCCCCCGCCAAGGAGGUCCUGCGAGAUACUGACCUUCCCUUCGAGCAGAGCGUGCGGCGGAGCGCCUGCUCAUUUCCUCGGCGGUAGAGCUCAUGGAGCGCAACAUUCGCCGACAGACAUGGACGCCGCCUGGCAGGAGUUGAUGGCCAUAACAGAGUUGCAGGGCUUGGAGACAUCUGCCGACAGCUCCUACCAAACGAGCCAGUACCAAAGUAUCGAGCCAGCGCCUCCGAUGGGCGCAUACGGGCCCGCUCCCCGCCAUUCCGCCGCGUUUGAGGUGGGCCCGGCCGACGGAGGUUACUCCGAAGGUCACCGCGCAGAGCAACUCUAUGAGCACUCGGGACCGCAACUUGAUCAGACGAUGGCUCUCGCGGGACAGAUGAGCUCAGCGGAAGCCGGUCGAGAUGACAGAAGGCCCAACGGCGGUGUGCCCCGUCGCGCCAUGUGGACAACACGCGGCCAUGGUUCGUUUGCUCAUUCGGCCGAUGAUUUGGAGUCAGACUCUGGACUCUCGCUGGGCUCCAGCCCACCUUUGGCCUCACCGGAAACUUCCGCCGCUGGUUUAAUGGCGGCCUACAGGGGUUUGGACAUGUCCGUCGCAUGUGACGGGGAAACGGGCGGCGGAAGAACACUCAACUACCAGACAGAUUACCAGAAUCGUUUUGACGCAUACCCGGGUGCGCAAGAAUCUUAUUUCGCAUCCCAACCGCAUUUAAGCCAUUCGCAGUUCAACAUGGCGAAUCCCGAGCCAGCCAAAAAUUUGACCUUGGGUGACCUUUACUGCCCCGAGUCAGCCAGCAGAGGGAGCUGGCAACACGCCGUGCAUUCAAAAGCUCAAGGAGCCGUCCAGACAGCAGCCAGCAAGGAUGAGAGGCGGGCGGCGGCAUUGAAGAUCCCCUUCCCGUUGGAGAGGAUCGUCAACCUGCCAGUGGAUGACUUCAACGAGUUGCUGACGCAGCACACCCUGAACGACGCCCAACUGGCGCUGAUCAAGGACAUUAGGCGCAGGGGCAAGAACAAAGUGGCAGCUCAAAACUGUCGCAAGCGCAAACUGGACAGUAUCAUUCAUCUGGAAAGAGAGCUGGCUCAGCUGGAGGCUCACAGAGACAGCCUGGUGCAGCAGAGGUUGGAAUUCCAGCGCAGCUUGACAUACAUCAAGCGUCACCUCGGCCAACUCUACACCGAGGUGUUUUCUCAGCUGACGGAUGAAAGCGGACGACCGUAUUCCGUCGACGAGUACUGCUUGCAACAGAUGGCGGACGGAGAAACCUAUCUGGUGCCUCACACGACGUCGGGCGAGAAAUAGCCCGAUUCAAAAGGAAAUGAGCGUUCGGGUCGGGUAGACACCCGUAGGCAAAAGAACGUUCGUGUCGGGGCGACGCUCGUGAGGAAAAGUGCGUUCAUGUCGGGGCGCCGUCGGGUGUUUUGUUGUGUAUUCCGUGUUCCACAAGUUAAAACACCACCUCUUUAAGAAAAUAAAAUUUAUUUUUAAAAAACAUGAAACAUUGGUCUCUCCAGAUGAAUACAAAAAUAAAUAUAAUCUGCGGUCGUUCUCCAGAAUCCUGCAAGAGAAACACAGAGCAUGAAGUUCUGCUUGUUCAAGAAUCCACUCCAUCAGACGAGGUCCAGGUUCACGACAAUUGGUGUCAUUUCUUGAAUUCAACGUGCAAUUUCAAUCCAAAUAAAAGGCGGAGCAUCGCCGGUUGUACCUGAUGUAGCCAUUUGCCGGGGAUACGUACGAGGUCGUUCCGCCGUGGCCGAACUUGCAUGUCGCCUGAAAUUAGAAGCACAAAGUCAAUGGAAUCCAGCGGCCGCUGAAACGGAUUGGCGGCAUGCAAAUAUUAUGUCUCAUUGGGAUGGGCAAUUUCAUGAAAAGACUUUAAGCAUUACUGUGCCACACAUCUGACUACCACAUGGACAUGAUCAAGCAAGGUGUACGUUGAGAAGUCUUGUCUUACCUACACAGGUAGCAUUUAAGCCUUUGGAAGCUGCUGCCUUGCUAGCCUCAGGCUUCUGUCCUCACCCUCCCCUGCUUCAACGCUCCUGGCGACGAUUGCUACUUCUCUCCCUCAGCUGGCUUCCACGGCUAGCCUCACAGAGCGCAUGUAAGCUAGCGUCCCUCGGAUGACCUGCGUAGCAAGCGCGAGCGAGCCUUUUCGAACCCCUGUCAGCCCUCAACCGGUCGAGGCCUACCGCGUGGAUGCUCUGUCAUUGGGCUCUGCUCGUGGUGCUCCCCAGCUGUAUGCAAAAGUCAGCCGGCCGGCCGGCCCUCUUCCCAAAACCACUAAAGGAGGCUAACAAGAGUUUGUAAAAAGACUGAAAGGUUGUUUAUUUCAGCUCAACUUGGAUGCAGUUACAAAUAAAACCAGAGAUUAAGGACAACAUAUCUACAUAAAAACCCUCAUUGGAAUGCUUGCUUUCCAGAAACAAAAUUUGAUAAAACAAAAUCAAAACACAAAAACGCUUAAUGGAACACCACCCUCCAUUUUUUUUUUUUUUGUUUAACCUAGUAUACAUCUGUCGCAGCGGAAGUAACCUGCCACGUGUUUGGCUGAGCAGAUUUAGGAGGUACACCUGCAGCUGCCCUGUCACUUCCUCUCCUUGCUCUUCUCUUGCUGUCACUUCCUCUCCUAAGUACUCAGCCCUGUUGAACAAUACGGAACAACAUUGUUAACUGCGCGCUGACUUCAUAGGACCUGAGAUCC